CUACUCGGGUCUCGCGACUCCAUCAUGGAGCCAACAAUCUUCGGAACUUUGAAAAGUUUCUUACAAAACGGAGGUGAUCCCGAGAAAGCUGUCGAUCUCCUCAUAGGAAACUACCAUGCCGUUGCUCAGACUGCCAAUCUUCUUGCCGAGUGGCUCAUAAUGUCUGGGAUGGAAAUAAAUGAGGUCCAAGCACUGGUGGAAUCUCAACUCAAAAAUAUGCUGGUUCGACACUUCGAGCCCUCAAAAGCCGAUGCCGCCAUUUUCGACGGCGAAGGAGAGACUCCGGCAUGGCUGGCUCAGAUGAUCGAUCACCCGGCCUGGAGAAAACUCAUCUAUAGCCUCGCCGAGGAAUACCCAGACUGUCUGAUGUUGAACUUCACAAUAAAACUGAUCUCCGACGCCGGUUUCCAAGCGGAAAUCACAUCGAUAUCAACUGCGUCACAACAACUCGAGGUGUUCGCCAGGGUCUUGCGAACAGCUCUCAGUGGGUGUCUUGAAAAAGCCCCCAACGAAGACCGUUUGGCUGAACUCGCAAAACUCAUCGGCCACGGUGAGCACACCUACCUCUACGCUCAAUGCCUGCUCCAUGCGCUGAGCCUCGAAGGACUGUCUCGAGGAGGUGCAUCUGCGAAACGACUGGCCCACGAGAUCCGGAAGAGGAGCAGACCUACGCGAGACACGACUCCGAUCGCCAUGGCCUUGAGCGGUGCGUUGACGAAACACCCAAAAGCGUGCCAGGCCAUGGCGGCCAUGCUCGGGAAGAACGCUCUGAAUCCAGCCGACGUCACCAUACUUUACAAUCUUUACAAAUCCAACGAUCCGCCACCUGUGGAUUUGAUCCGAGAACCGACGCUCCUCGAACUUCUGCUCGACGCUCUCUUCAAACCGGGAUCGAAAAUUAAUCCCGACCAUAAGCCCAAGUACAUCUUCCUCCUGGCUUACGCAUCCAGCGUGUUCGAGCAGACCACAAAGAAAGGUCCUCGUAGAGCGCCUGUCCUAAACAAAGACGAACUCGUCCGCACCCAGGAAUCGAUUGAGCAGAUGUGCACAAUCUGUGCAGAGCCGAAAAUCAGUGAUCUCCCCACACUUUUCGAUUGUGUGCAAUUACCUGUGAUGGCCAUGGCUGCGAUACAUUGGGCUAGAUACAUCGUGAACGAAGCGUCGUAUUUCAAGCUGAACACGGAGCAUGUUCCUAUGCAUUUGGCACUCCUCGAUGAGGUCGCGAUCUGUCAACCCACAUUGCACGAUCGCUUACUGAAACUUUACAGCGAUCUCUUCGAGAAACCAUUCGACGCAGAGCUGGAUGUGCUCGUCCUGAUCGAGAUCCGCAAGAUGCUUCUCGACAGAAUGAUACAUCUCGUCUGUAGAGGCUGCGUCCUGCCUGUGCUGAACUACAUCACGGGCCUGUAUCAGCGACAAGACACCGAUAUUUCGCUGAUUCGAUAUUUUGUUACGGAACUGCUGGAAAUCAUCGCCCCACCGCUCACCCCGGAAUUCGCCUCAGUGUUCCUCCCCCUCGUCCAGAAUAAGGAGAUUACCGGAGAUCUUCCACCAUCCCAAGACGGUACUGAUCUUGUGACCCAAUUCAUCCAGCAGGCGACCAAAGUCAUCGGGAAGUCUUCCGAGAAAUCAUGAAUUAGUCUCAAAAGGUCCGAGGGUGAAAGCAAGACAUCGGGCAUAUGGCCGGAUCCUGCAUGGCGUAGGAUACUUGAAAGUCCCAUCACGAAGGGAGUCGGGGACGAUCCGAACUCCAGCGCCUUGAGCUCGACACGCGCAGACUGCCAUGGACAGUGGAGCGUGUUGUGAGACUGUACGCUGCAUUGGUCGAUGAAAUAACCUGUAUAAAUCCGAGGGUACAAGACAAAUACUUGCAGGCCCGUUUGA